AUGAUGCAGUUAGCUGAUCUCUUUUUGGAUCAGACUUUAAUUAGACAGAGCCUAAUCAGUCUAAAUUUAGACAAGGAAGUAAAAGAUAUGGCGGGAAUUAAAGCUACAGAUGGUUUUCUAUUCGAAGCAAAUUUGACUGACAGGGUUAAGAAAUCAAAGGCUUUGAAGAAAUCUGGAGACGAACUAAAAACUUCUAAACAUAAGAAGCAUUUAAACUUCAAACAGCCGUCCAAACGUCUUCCAAGUGUUGGCGGCUACACUCCAUACAGAUAUACAAGAAACACUCCACUGAAAUACGUAGGCAAAUCCGGACAUCAUCACACAGUAUCUCAAAAGCCGAGGGACAGAUGUAAAAAAAGGGAUGCAGAAUUUUCAAGCCCAGAUGAAAUCCUGAGAGAUAAAAUAGUGUUGCAUGCAUCUGACAAAGAUACACAAGAUAAGCUAAUAAGACAAGGAGAUGUACAGUUAAAAGAAGCAAUAGAAGUAUUUAGAGUAGCCGAAAUAACAAGAAGACAUACAAAAGAUAUACAUAGAAAUGUUGUCGAUAAAAUAAAAGAAAUUGUAAAGAGACAAGUUAAAGUAGAAGUAAAAAAUGUUCGAGAGAGAUUCAUCUUAGACAAAGAGGAAACCAGGGAGAAAACAGCAGAAGUAAUUAUCAAAAUGCCAGAAAAGGAAGGUGUCAACGAUGUCAUGGUUUACAUAGGUAUAAUAACUGCCCAGCUACAGGAAAGCAGUGUUCAAAAUGUAAAAAGUACAAUCAUUUCUCAGCAGUAUUCGUUACAACGUCAAGUCAUCGUCGCAGUUUACUCUGAUGAUUUGACCAGAGUGCGACCAAAACCUGAAUUUGGUUGGCUUGGUUUUGCUGCAGGAGGCGGACAAGAUUAUUUUGUCCAGCUCUCCCAUCAGUAUCGUUUUGACAAAGAUUUAUUUUUCGGUAAUUAUCUUACCGUAUGGGUUAUCCUUGUCUAUUAG